AUGAAGAUUCUUGUCGCGGUGAAACGCGUCAUCGACUACAACGCCAGAAUACGGGUAAAGGCGGACAAGACCGGGGUGGACACGACGGGAGUGAGGAUGAGCAUGAACCCAUUUUGCGAGAUCGCUGUCGAGGAGUCUGUGAGACUCAAGGAGAAGAAGCUUGCAGAAGAGGUCAUUGCAGUCAGCGUGGGACCAAAACAGUGCCAGGACACCUUGCGCACUGCACUGGCCAUGGGCGCCGAUAGGGCAGUCCACGUGCAAGGUGGCGAAAGUCUUCAGCCAUUGUCAGUGGCCCAGGUGUUGAAGCAGAUUGUAAACAAGACUGAAGCACGCAUGGUGAUGCUGGGAAAGCAGGCGAUCGAUGACGACUGCAAUCAGACGGGGCAGAUUCUGGCCGGCCUCUUGAAUUGGCCCCAGGCGACAUUUGCCUCACAGGUCGUCCUCUCUGAAGACCGCAAGUCUGCAUCCGUGACGCGGGAGGUGGAUGGUGGCCUGCAGCGCCUGAGGAUUUCCCUGCCUGCGGUCGUCACGACGGACCUGCGUCUGAACGAGCCCCGGUACACCACGCUGCCAAACAUAAUGAAGGCCAAGAGGAAGGCCAUCGAGCAGUGGAGCAUGAGCGACUUGGGGGUGGACGAGGCGUCGGCGGUGGAGACCCUCCAGGUGCAGGAGCCGCCGAAGAAGGCGGGCGGCGUGAUGGUCAAGUCGGUGGCCGAACUGGUGGCCAAGCUGAGGAACGAGGCGAAGGUCAUCUGA